CUCCGUCCGCCACCAGUCCUGCGAGCGCUCGGUCGGCACCACACCGACACACAAGUGCUGCUCGGCGGAUGCAUUCAUGCUUCUCUACUCAUUUUCUGCGUUCAUAAUAAACCUUGGAUAUUGUUGACGGCUGCAAAAGACUCACGGACUGAGGCCCAGACCAAAGAUCCAGCUGUCACUGCUCAGCAUCUACCUUACAGCUAUACAUUUGUCCACCUCUUCUGUCCGUCUCAUCUCCUUCUGUUCCCAACCGACUCGCUCUCUCUUUCUCUCACCACCCCCACUCCCCUCCCGACUCUCAGCCUCCCUGAUGCCUAAGAACAGCAAGGUGACGCAGCGUGUGCAGAGCCAUGAGCACGUCACAGAGUCGGUGGCCGAUCUGCUCGCACACGAGGAGACGCUCGACUACAAGAAUAGCUCCCUUAACGUUGGAGGGGCCGCCGGGAAAAAGGUCCCGCAGAUAGAGGUGCUAGAAAACGAUGGACGCCCCGCCUGGAACAGCAAACUGCAGUACAUCCUGGCCCAGGUGGGCUUCUCUGUGGGCCUGGGGAAUGUGUGGCGCUUCCCUUACCUGUGCCAGAAGAACGGAGGAGGUGCCUAUCUGGUUCCCUACUUCAUCCUCCUCCUCCUCAUCGGCAUCCCACUCUUCUUCUUGGAGCUGGCUGUGGGUCAGAAGAUCCGGCGUGGGAGCAUCGGGGUCUGGAACUACGUCUGUCCCAGUCUGGGCGGUAUAGGAAUGUCCAGUCUGAUAGUGUGUGGCUUUGUGGGUCUCUACUAUAAUGUGAUCAUCGGCUGGAGCAUCUUUUAUUUCUUCCAGUCCUUCCAGUAUCCUCUUCCAUGGAGCGAAUGUCCCAUCAGAAGGAACGGGACACUUGCCUUUGUGGAGCCAGAGUGUGAGAAAAGCUCGGCCACAACCUACUUCUGGUACCGUCAGACUCUGAACACCACCAGCAGCAUCGCAGAGAGCGGCGGCCUCAACGUGAAAAUGACCAUGUCUCUGUUGGUGGCCUGGAUCAUCGUCUGCCUCGCCGUCAUCAGAGGAAUCGCCUCCUCUGGGAAGGUGAUGUACUUCAGCUCUCUUUUCCCCUAUGUGGUGCUGUUCUGUUUUCUGGUCCGAGUUUUGAUGCUGAAGGGCUCAGUGGAUGGCAUUGCUCACAUGUUCACUCCCAAGUUGGAGAAGAUGCUUGGACCGCAGGUGUGGAGGGAGGGCGGCCACCCAGGUCUUCUUCGCCUGGGUCUGGGGUUUGGAGGAGUCAUAGCCUUCUCCAGUUACAAUAAGAUCGAUAACAACUGUCAUUUUGAUGCAGUGCUUGUCUCUGUCAUCAACUUCCUCACUUCCAUUCUGGCCACACUGGUAGUGUUCGCUGUGCUGGGCUUCAAGGCCAACAUCAUGAAUGAAAAGUGUGUCGUAGAGAAUGCAGAGAAGAUCCUGGGAUACCUCACCUCUGACGUCCUGAGCCACGAUCUCAUCCCUCCACAUGUGAACUUCUCCCAUCUCUCCACAUCAGACUACGUUGAGAUAUACGGCGUCAUCAAGACGGUGAAAGAGGGCAGCUUCGCCCAGCUAGGUCUGGAGCCUUGUCUCCUGGAGGAUGAGCUCAACAAGUCUGUUCAGGGCACCGGCCUGGCCUUCAUCGCCUUCACAGAGGCCAUGACCCAUUUCCCGGCGUCUCCGUUCUGGUCAGUAAUGUUCUUCUUCAUGCUCAUCAACCUCGGUCUGGGCAGCAUGAUCGGCACCAUGACCGGCAUCACCACACCUGUCCUCGACACCUACAAGGUCCAGAAGGAGCUUUUCACAGUGUGUUGCUGCAUUGUGGCCUUCUUCUGUGGCCUGUUGUUUGUUCAACGCUCAGGGAAUUACUUUGUCACAAUGUUUGAUGAUUACUCUGCCGGACUGCCUCUCACAGUAGUGGUCAUCCUGGAGAAUCUGUCUGUCGCUUGGUUUUAUGGCACAAAAAGGUUCAUGCAAGAUCUGGAGGACAUGUUGGGUUUUCGACCAUGUAUAAUCUAUUUCUACUUGUGGAAGUACGUCUCCCCUCUGUGUCUCAUCGUGCUCAUCUCAUCCACUGUCAUAGAGAUGGCCAUCAGUCCACCGGGAUACAAUGCCUGGGUCGAAGAGCUGGCCCAGGAACGCUUCGAGAGCUAUCCUCCCUGGGCACUGGUCAUGUGCUUCGCUCUUAUCUUCGUGGCCAUGCUUCCUCUUCCUGUUGUCUACAUCGCCCGUCGCUUCAACCUAAUGUCAGACGGCUCCAACAAGCUGUCUGUCUCCUACCGUAAAACCAUGAUGAAGGACAUAUCCAACCUGGAGGAACAGGACGAGUCCAGAUUCAUUCUCGGCGCCAAGCCCGGUGAGGCACCAGCAUCGUCACCAGCACGCAAGGCCUUCCUGACUCCAGGAGGCACCAAACCCCUGGACACCAACUCACUGUCUCCAAACAUCUGCUACGGUACGAGCUACCAGAACGCUGCCAUCAGCCCCACCACACCGACUACACCGACCACGCCCCCCACACCAGAGUCUGACUCUUGACUGCUGUCCAACCAACCCUCUGACACCCAGUCCUGUAGCACAGUUCACCUUCCAGCCAUAAAGUCUCCACCGGGGGUCACUGCAGAGCCAAGAAUCCCCACCCCCCAACUGUCCCUAGCCGCCCAAUUUAUCUAAAUACAUGCUUCACAAAAUAAAACCAAGAAACCACCUGCAGCAGGUAAAAGGAGACAAAAUUCACUCUUAACAGUAGAUGAAACAUAUCAGAAUGAGAUUGACACACUGUACAUCCGUAUCUAUUCUGUAUAUAACAUCAAAUGCUAUAUUAAGAUAUAGUUUUGGGAUUUGCUUUUCUUUGCCUUAGUACAAGUAUCCUCAGCAGACCCCCCCCCCCCACACACACACACACACACACACACACACACACACACACACACACACACACACAGUUUAAUGCACAUCCCUGUCGGCACAGUGCAGGGGAUCUGAAAGAAUGAAUGUAGUGGAGCCGGUGUGGUCCUGCUGGUUGAAUUGUUUUUUUCUUCCUGUACACUGGGCCAAGAGAGCCGAGAUGAAUGUGAGUUUAAUUAUUUGAUGAAUUAAAGCCUGUCCUCCGUAGUGGUACAGUCAAAGCCAUAUAGUCAAAGUUAUUUUCUAUGAAGUAUAUUGCAGUGAUUUCAGUCAGUACAGACAUUAUGUCUACACAAGCACCUCUGUUCUGAUGUUUGAGCUAGAAAACAUGUUUCAUCGCGUGGAUCUGUUUUCAGGGCUCUUGUGUAAUGUAAACUAUUCUUAAGGCUGCUCUAAAGACAUCCAUUUAUGUCCCUCUGUGUUUUGUGUCUAGCCAGUAUUGUAAACAGUGGUAUGCAGUAUAGUAAUAUGAUAGAGGAUAAAAGGAUUUCAUCAUCCGUAACGCACACAUUAUAACAUGUAAAAAUUUAAAAAAAAUGUCAGUUUCUCCACCAAAGAGUACAUAGUAGACAACAAAACAUUUGAAAUCUACAUAUUUAUGUUGAAGAAAAAACAGAAAGGAUAUGCAGAAUCGUGUUGAAAGUGAACCACUUCCAACACUUGUUUUAAGCACGUGACUGAAAGACAAGGCACUCGUUGUCAUUCAGUAACACAAAGCACAGCUUUUCAGGAGAGUUUGAAACAAAUGUUGAUUCCUCACAAGGCUACAAAAGCACAAAAGAGAUUUCACACAAUUAUUGUGCACGAGUGAAUUACUAACCCUAAUUGUUGGCUUAUUGUUUUGAAGACACAUGGAAUUAAAAUAAUUGCUGCCUACUAAUAUGUCCCAUACAAAGAGUAAGCAAGAGAUAUUUAUUUUAGAGCACUUUGGACCAAAAACAUUAUAACUAUGAAAUAGGAAAAUCAGCAAUGGACCUAAAGAUUUAGUAACUGAAGGAACAAAAAUCCAAAUGUAAUAUUAAACUUAUCAAAUAGCUUAGUAUGAACUUCUGUAAGCCUUGGACAAACUGUAUACAUACACAAACAACACAUUAAAAAUGCACCGUUUCUGUAUCUGUGUGGAAUAAUAGACCUCAUUAAGUGUUAUUGAAAGAGACAGCCACAACUGUGUCUUCUUUGUGAUGAAGACCUUUGACUCCUGGUUGAACUGAUUCAUUAUUGUACACACUGGUAGCAAAUAGUUGUGCAAAACUGUCAACAAGUUCACACUGAGCACACUCAAGUUCCUGUUACAUGGAAGAGGAUACCUUUAUUUAUUUUUUUAUCACAAUAUUCAAAUCCAUGGUGUUAAGGAUUAAAUGGACUAUAUUUAUAUUCCUGUAUAUUUGCAUUGUAGAUGUGAUGAACAACAAAGAGUUAUCUUUUAAAAGUAUAUUUUCAUCUUCUUUGAAAGUUAUGUAAAUUGUAUAUCUAAAGACUUGUCUAUUUUGUAGUUUGUGUAGCUAUUUUGUUUUGUGCGAUGUGAAAAUGCUGCCGGUAGGUUGACGUGUGGUGUGAAGUGUCGUCUUUAUGGCCAGCAGCUGGUUGUCUGCUGUGUUACUGAGAGCUGUGUGUUCUUCUGGUGUGAGGUGAUGUCCACUCACUUUAGCUUCAGCAGUCUGCUUGUUUUUAGCGACACUAGCACCACCUCCGUUGACCACAACACAAUCCAGCAGGUCAACUUUAGUUCAUGACAGGAUAUCUCUCAAAAUAACUCCAGUCUGCCUCAGCCAUAUUGAGAUGAAUGCUACAUGUUAGCACGUUGCCCUGCUAAUUGUAUGAAAACACGCUAACAUGCUGUUACCUUUAGUCUGACAAGAUUAUUAGCAUACUAACUAACCUAACAUGUGAAAUGUUAGAUUAAAUAUCACAAGGGUAAUAAAUCCAAUAGUUGCUAGCAUACAUGUUAAGAUGCGAACAAGCUUUGGUUCAAAUUCUGCAAAACAAGGAAAACCUUUUGAGUAUUACAGUAUAGCCCCACUGUUUUGGCUUGUAGUCAUUUAAAUUAGCUUAUUAUUAUUUGGGCAGUUCAUAAACAGGCAAUAUCAGACACAAAACACUGUGCAGCUCUGUUUAAGUUAACUGAAUGUAUCAGUGUUAAUAUUGGAUUUGAUUUAGAUGUAACUGAUGACGUGGCUUGCAGUCAUUUUGACACGUUUUGUUGUUCUUUUAGACUAAAAGUGAAGCCAAACCAGAAGGAGCACAUUCCGACAGAACAGCCACUGUGUUAUGUGUUGUGUUUUUUGUGUCCUUAUUCCUUCUGUCAUAUUAAUGGAGAUGGACUGAUACAUCUAGUUCCACAUGAGCACACACCACGCUCACGUCUUAACUUUGUAUGCAAUCACACGGCAUCCAGAAUUCAAAACUGUCACAUUAGAUUUAUUCCUUCAUUUUCCAGCCAAGCAGCAGUUUUGUGUUCUGUGUGUAAAGAGCUUCACAUCUUGCUGUCUAGUGUGGCUCUAAACUUUAUGUCUUGUUUUAUCUCACCUUGUUUUAGUUUGUGUGAGCCAGGUACUUCCUGCUGACAGUGUGUCAUGUAGAGAUCUCUCUGUUGUUCACGUCUAUAAAUAAUCUUGUGUAAUCAAGAUAGAUUUUAUCCAUGUGAAGUAUAUAAUUGUCUUAAAAAGUAACUGUUUAGCAGUAAAUGCAAUAUAAAGUAAUAAUGAAUGUGAUUAAUGCACCUUUGUUUUCACUGGGACUGCAAAAGAUGUUAGGGUUUGUUUUGUUGUCCUCAUAGUAUAAAAGCAAUAUCAACUUAUUACACUACAGAGUCAUUUAAGAUUGACACAUUAGUGUCAGAUAAUAGCAAUGACUAGGAGCUGCCCCUUACAGCCAAAGGAAUGUUACAACCUUUCCUUACAAGUGCUGAAGUGUAUGUGCGUAUGUAACUAUAAUAAAUGUGUGUGAGUGUGUGUAUGAGUGUGAAUUAUAUAAAUGUGUAUGUGUGUAGAUUCCUUAUUUUACCUGUAAGUGCAGGGCCUUACUGAGCACACGUUUCAAGCACUGUCUGUACAGGAGACAUGUUUAUAAAUGUCUCUUUACAGCUUCUCUCUCUCUCUCUCCUGAGUCAUAUUAUGAUUGUAUCAUACUGACAAUUAUUGUAAAAAACAAUGUGAACCAAAAAUAUUAAUAAUAAAGAGUGGACA